CGCGCACCAGUCGGCAGUAUGUCGCGGCGGCGGCACAGCGACGAGAAUGACGGUGGACAGCCUCACAAAAGGAGAAAGACUUCUGAUGCCAGCGAAACUGAAGAUCACUUGGAAUCUUUAAUAUGCAAAGUAGGAGAAAAGAGUGCCUGCUCUUUGGAGAGCAAUCUAGAAGGUUUGGCUGGUGUUUUGGAAGCUGAUCUUCCUAACUACAAGAGCAAGAUCUUAAGGCUUCUUUGUACAGUUGCACGUCUGUUACCUGAGAAGUUGACAAUUUAUACAACAUUAGUUGGACUUCUGAAUGCCAGGAAUUACAACUUCGGUGGAGAAUUUGUAGAAGCUAUGAUUCGUCAACUUAAGGAAUCUUUGAAGGCAAACAAUUAUAAUGAAGCUGUAUAUUUGGUUCGUUUUUUAUCUGAUCUUGUGAAUUGUCAUGUGAUUGCUGCCCCAUCAAUGGUUGCUAUGUUUGAAAAUUUUGUAAGUGUAACUCAGGAAGAAGAUGUACCUCAGGUACGACGGGAUUGGUACGUGUAUGCAUUUUUGUCAUCUUUGCCCUGGGUUGGAAAAGAGUUAUAUGAAAAGAAAGAUGCAGAGAUGGACCGCAUCUUUGCCAACACUGAAAGCUAUCUUAAAAGACGCCAAAAGACCCAUGUGCCCAUGUUACAAGUAUGGACUGCUGAUAAACCACAUCCACAAGAAGAGUAUUUAGAUUGUCUGUGGGCCCAGAUCCAGAAAUUGAAAAAGGAUCGCUGGCAGGAACGGCACAUCCUCAGACCUUAUCUUGCCUUUGAUAGCAUCCUCUGUGAAGCACUACAGCAUAAUCUGCCUCCUUUUACACCACCUCCCCACACUGAAGAUUCUGUGUACCCGAUGCCAAGGGUUAUCUUUAGAAUGUUCGAUUAUACAGAUGAUCCUGAGGGUCCUGUGAUGCCAGGCAGUCACUCAGUGGAAAGGUUUGUGAUAGAAGAGAACCUCCACUGCAUCAUUAAGUCACACUGGAAGGAAAGGAAGACCUGUGCUGCACAGCUAGUGAGCUAUCCAGGGAAGAACAAGAUCCCCUUGAACUACCACAUAGUUGAGGUAAUCUUUGCAGAGCUGUUUCAACUUCCAGCACCCCCUCACAUUGAUGUAAUGUACACAACACUUCUCAUUGAAUUGUGCAAACUUCAACCUGGCUCUCUACCCCAAGUUCUUGCACAGGCAACUGAAAUGUUGUACAUGCGUUUGGAUACAAUGAACACUACAUGUGUAGACAGGUUUAUUAAUUGGUUUUCUCAUCAUCUAAGUAACUUUCAGUUCCGUUGGAGCUGGGAAGAUUGGUCAGAUUGUCUGGCUCAAGAUCCUGAAAGCCCCAAGCCAAAGUUUGUAAGAGAAGUUUUAGAAAAAUGUAUGAGGUUGUCUUACCAUCAACGUAUAUUAGAUAUUGUUCCUCCAACCUUCUCAACUCUAUGUCCUGCAAAUCCAACCUGCAUUUACAAAUAUGGAGAUGAAAGUAGUAAUUCACUUCCUGGACAUUCUGUAGCCCUCUGUUUAGCUGUUGCUUUUAAAAGUAAGGCAACCAAUGAUGAAAUCUUCAGCAUUUUGAAAGAUGUACCGAAUCCUAACCAGGAUGAUGAUGAUGAUGAAGGAUUCAGUUUUAACCCUUUGAAAAUAGAGGUCUUUGUACAGACUCUGCUACACUUGGCAGCCAAAUCAUUUAGCCACUCUUUCAGUGCUCUUGCAAAGUUUCAUGAGGUCUUCAAAACUCUAGCAGAAAGUGAUGAGGGAAAGUUACAUGUGCUAAGAGUUAUGUUUGAAGUCUGGAGGAACCAUCCACAGAUGAUCGCUGUACUAGUUGAUAAGAUGAUUCGUACACAGAUUGUUGACUGUGGUGCAGUAGCAAAUUGGAUCUUCUCUUCAGAACUAUCUCGUGACUUUACAAGAUUAUUUGUAUGGGAAAUCUUGCACUCUACAAUUCGUAAGAUGAACAAACAUGUUCUGAAGAUUCAGAAGGAACUAGAAGAAGCUAAAGAGAAACUGGCCAGGCAACACAAACGGCGAAGUGAUGAUGAUGACAGAAGCAGUGACAGGAAAGAUGGGGCCCUGGAAGAGCAAAUAGAACGAUUGCAGGAAAAAGUGGAAUCUGCCCAAAGUGAGCAGAAGAACCUUUUUCUCGUUAUAUUUCAGCGUUUUAUCAUGAUCUUAACAGAGCACUUGGUAAGAUGUGAAACUGAUGGGACCAGUGUAUUAACACCAUGGUAUAAGAAUUGUAUAGAGAGGCUCCAGCAGAUCUUCCUGCAGCAUCACCAGAUAAUCCAGCAGUACAUGGUGACCCUAGAGAACCUUCUCUUCACGGCCGAAUUAGAUCCUCAUAUCCUGGCUGUAUUCCAGCAGUUCUGUGCUCUGCAGGCCUAAAGGUCGUUUAUAUUUUCUUCGUGUCUGGGUUUUUAAAAAAUAAUUUGUCUUAUUUUUUGAUGUUUUGAAUGCUUGCUUUCUUGUAAUAGCCUUUACUUUUUAAAGGAAAUGGAGAGGACAGUGAAGAAUAUAACAUUAUCUUUAAUUUCCCAUAAAAAACAAAUAUUUCUUCAUGACAAUGUGAUGAUGACCAUGAUGUAUUAUAUGUGACAGAUACAAUUUUUCUGUGAUUAGUUUGGUUUUUUUGUUUUUUUUUCUCUUUAAGGCACAAAACAACAGGUGUGAGGUAGUAAAACUAUAGGUCAAACAUAUAAAGUAGUAAGUAGAACUGAUGAACUUAUAAGAUAGCAUAGCUUUUCACGUCUCAUGGAUAACCUGAUAUGACUGAAAUAAAACUAAAAAUAUGUUUUUUAAAACUUUGGUAUUUAAUGAUUUUAUCAUCUUACUCAAUUUUAAAAUUCAUUUCUUACUGAAGACAUACAUGCUUCUACUGCAAAAUAUUUUUCUUUAGGAUCUGGGGACACUACUUAAUACAUUGGUAACCUCAGUUCAUGAAAUUAAUUAUUUCCAUGAUUCUGCUCAGACUGAAUUAGUCAAGAACCAAAACCAAUUCAGUGGAUAGAUUCAGCGUUGACCUAAUGGGAAAAUUUGGUUCAGUUCACAAGUUCCCUUUAUGACUAGAAUUGUGGAAAGAAUGAAGUUUAUGAACUGAAGUACCACUGAAUAUGAAGGUGUUACUGUUUGAUGAUUGGGGAUCUUUAGUCAUUUUAAAACUUAAACCACAAUCUCUGGAGGUAGCACAUAGACAUCAGUUGUUGUAGCUUCCUAAGUGAUUCCCUGGUUGGGAAACCAUUUUCUUAGAGUGAGAGCCUCUGAUCAUUUUCCAUGGCUUCGGAGAAAGAUUUGUCCAAGAUUAUCUAAUAAGCUACAUGCUAAAGUAGAAAACAAGAAGUAGGGUAGGUUGGUUCAAACUAUACUUGCAAUUAGAAGUGAGUUUGGGUUUUCUCUCUGGAUCCUGGUUCAAACAACAAAUUCCUGAGUGUUUUCCCUAUAUAGUAUUGAGGAAUAAGUGAGAUCAUUGUGUAAAAUAAUAAGGAAUUAUUUGACAUUUCAAAUUUCUAGGAUUUUUAAGACUUUUUUUCACUAAACGGUAAAAAAUUUUACUAAUCAUCCUGUAAUUACUAUUGUAAUUACUUGUACAACAUAGUGUCUUUUUUCUACUACAUUGUAAGUUUAUGAUACAUUUAACUUUCCCAUGUUUUGAUAGAUGGUCUCUGGUUUUCCAUACAUUUUAGUGGCUACGGAACAUAGUCCACUCAAUAGGUGCAAAUUCCAAAGACUUUGAAAUAUCAUACAAGGCAGGAAAUAAUUAAGACUGCAUGGCAGAUUAUUAGCAGAAAGGAGUAACCCCAUGUUCUUAGCUAAAUAUUCUUAUUUACACUGUUCUUCCUUCCCAUUUCUUUUUGGGGUUUUUUUUUUUUUUUUUU